CGUCGGGGAAGGUUGUGCUGAAAACUUUGUGCGUGAUUUUUUUAUUUAUAAAAAAGUAAACGCUGAGUUAGAGUUAUUCCAAAGGAGUAUAUGUAUAUACAUAUAUAUUUAUAGACCGCAAAACGAAGUGAAACGUGACGAAAACACAAGACUAAACUCAAGCUUAAAGUGAAGUGAAGACAAAAAAAAAAAGAAUUCAGAUAAAUAAAAAGCAAAACGACGGGAGUACACAAAAUAAUACCAACGCAAUGCGUCUCGACACAAACUCAAAUGUGGACUUCAAAGCUUUCGACAACAACAGCAGCAGCGGUGGCAGCAGCAGCUCCAGCCCAUGCCUGGUCAAACUGGACAAUCUGGCCAGCUGGGGUGGCUCACAGAAGACGGACUCCCGUCUGCCCAUUAUGGACUAUUCCACACUGGGCGGACCACGACACAACUGCAGUCCCUUUCCCCUAUCCAAAGAUGUCAAUAAUCGUUUAGUUAUAUGGGAUGGCGACAUGACCUCGUUGGAUGUGGACGCCAUUACAAACAGCAGCGAUGAAACCCUGACUGAAAGCAAUUGCAUAUCGGAACGCAUACUCGCGGUGGCGGGCAAUCAGCUCAAAGAGGAACUCAGCACUACAGUUAAGGAGUGCCGUGUUGGUGAUGUGCGUGUGACGCGUGGAUACAAUCUGCCAGCCAAGUAUGUGCUGCAUACUGUGGCGCCUGCCUACAAGGAAAAGAUAAAAACAGCUGCCGAGAAUGCGCUGCACUGUUGCUACAGGAACGUGCUCUGCAAGGCCAAGGAGCUGAAUCUACGCACAAUUGCGCUCUGCAAUGUGAGCAGCAAUCAGAAAAGCUUUCCAGCCGACAUGGCUGCGCAUAUAGCGCUACGCACCAUACGUCGUUAUCUGGACAAGUUUACACUGCAGGUUGUGAUAUUGUGUGUGAAUAGCAAUGAGCGUGGCACUUAUGAGGUACUUGCGCCACUUUACUUUCCACGCGAUCAGCUGGAGGAGCGCAGCGCAUUGUGGCAGCUGCCCAAGGAUACGGGCGGCGAACUGGGCGAGCCACUGCAUCCCGAUCCGGAUCGUCAGAUACGCAUUAUACGCAAUCCACAGCACAGUCAUAGUGCAGUGCACAUGCGUCAUCGUCAUGCUGACGACGAUUCAGACACGAGUCCACACGAUAUGGAGGGCAAUAAUUCAGAUUUGGAAUAUGGAGCGCGCGAUAUGAAUGGCCUAAGUCUCAAUUCUUAUAGCAGCGGACUGCAAGCUCAGCUACAGCGCGAUUUGGAUCGGCAGCAUUUGUUAAGCGAUCGCCCAAGAACUGGCGUCUAUGAGAGCGUCAUAGCUGAAGGCGUUGAAGGCUUGGAGCAUCAGGAGCGAUAUGAGCGUCUAUUGCAUCGUGCACAGGUGGAGGAUUUGAAUGAAGUCUCUGGCAUUGGUUGUCUAUAUCAAAGCGGUGUCGAUCGUCUAGGUCGACCUGUGAUUGUGUUUUGCGGCAAAUGGUUUCCAGCACAGAAUAUUGAUUUGGAAAAGGCGCUGCUGUAUCUAAUUAAACUGCUGGAUCCCAUUGUGAAGGGUGACUAUGUUAUCGCCUACUUCCAUACACUCACAUCCACCAGCAACUAUCCAUCGUUGCAUUGGCUGCGCGAAGUCUACAGUGUCUUGCCAUACAAAUACAAGAAGAAUCUGAAGGCCUUUUAUAUUGUGCAUCCCACAUUCUGGACUAAAAUGAUGACCUGGUGGUUCACCACAUUUAUGGCGCCAGCCAUUAAAGCUAAAGUGCAUUCGCUGCCCGGUGUAGAGCAUUUGUAUUCGGCCAUUACCAAGGACCAGCUGGAAAUACCCGCCUAUAUAACAGAAUACGAUAUGGCUACCAAUGGCCUGCAUUAUUUUAACCCAGUGCCGACCGCCUCGUAGAUGGCGGCCAUUGUAGCUGUCUAGGCAGUGAAAUCAACCCCCCACAACCAACACACACACACAUAGUACCCGAAAAAUGAGAAAUUUUUUAUAGAUUUUAUAGCUAUGUAUUAUUGUUUUCUUGUUUAGCAUAAGUAAAUGAACUAUUUUGUUGUCUUGACGAGUCUUGCGACAGAUUUGUUCAAAGGAUAUUUUGUAUUUUUGCGUAGGCUGAGCUAGUAAUCCAUGUGUGUUGAGAUCCAACCCAAAAUUAUAUAUACACAAUUUAGAUAUGUAUAAAAACAUUCUUAUGAAGCGCAUCAAAUUAGAGCGAACUUAAUUUGCGAUUACAAAUUACAAAAACCUCGAAAGCUGAACCUGCAAAAAAAUUGUUGUUAGCGUUAACUUUGCAAUUAUAAAUUGACAAAAAUAGUAAUUAUUGACAAUGUACUUACACAUGCUAAGCUCUGGAAUGGUAUUAGAGAUGCGAUAAGCGUAAAUCCCCGCAAAAGCGAAAGCAAACAAAACAAAAUUA